AUGAUGCAUUUGGACCAAAAACAGUUGAGAGAAAGUCUGCUGAAGGGCUUCUGGAAAAGGCCUGCCUUGCUGAUCCAAAAUCACAAAGAAAGAAGUGGUUCCUCUUUUGCUGCUUGUAUCUGGAUGGGAUGCAUAGCUGUGGCCAUCUGGCAGCCAGGAGUAAUGCUAGAUCACAGACAAGCCAACUCCCUGAGGAUGAGGAGGCAGAAAAAUGGGAAAAACCUGACUCUGAUGAUGUCACUGAGUCCCUGUAUUUAUCUUGAAACUGCCACAUCUCCUGUUAUCUCAGCUAAUAAAUUUUCUUUACUCUUUAAGCCAGUUGAGCUAGUCUUUUCUGUUAUUUGGAGCCAAAAAAUGCCAUAA